AUGAAUAACAAAGGAAUAUUACCUUCUUUUAAUGAUGUUUUUUAUGGACUAAAACCAGACUUAGUUACUGCAACUUUGAAGUAUUAUAUCAGAGGUAUUAAUUCUUCAGAAGAACAACAUAAAUAUAUUGAAGCAAUUUUCAAUGGUUUUGCUGUUCGUAAGAAAUUACCUGAGUUGUUACAACACCUGGUAACUUCAGAAAUUUUAGAGUGUGUAACUACACCUUCAUCAAUGUUUAGAAGAAAUUCAGUUCAAUCUAAAGUUAUUAAAUAUUAUACUGAUCUCGAAUUUAAUGAAAUGUUUGAUACAUGUAUUUUUCCAGCUAUAUCAGAAAUAGUAUCAGAAGAUAUUACAUUAACCAUAGACCCAGAAAGUGAUAAAUUUGAGACUUCUAUUAUUAAGAUGAAAGAGUUACUUGAAGGGAUUUUUUUAAGAUUAUUUUCUUUUAAAAUGAUUCCAGAUUCGUUUAAGUCUUUUAUGACAUACGUUAGUAAUGAAGUAAAUAAGACCUCUCCAUCAUUACAACUUGUUAGUUUAAAAAAUAUUAUUUUCUUAAGAAGUAUCUCAAAUUAUUUUUUAAGAUGUACUGAAGAUAGUUAUCAUCUUAUUUCUUUAAAAGUCCUUUCAACUGUUUUUCAAUGGAUCAUAGGAGAUUCACAAAUUACUCAUUCAGUUUCUGCUGUUUCAUCACCUCAAAUAUGUCUUCCUUCAGAAAAACAAGAUUGGAAAUCUUUUCUAUUCCCAUUUGCUGCUGAUAUUCGACCUAGAGCUAAUGAGUGGUUGUUCACAUUAAAGAAUGAUAUUCCUUUUGAUAAAGUAAAAUUUAAAUGGGCUUUAAAUUUAAAAGAGACAAUAGACAUUGAAGAAGCUGUAUAUAAAAAAUCAAAUGAAAUUUCAGAAUUUCUUGAUACAGCAUCUGCAUCAGUAUUAGCUAUGUUAAAAGAAAAGAAAGAAAGUGAUGUUGUGUCUCAAUAUAAUGAAAUUUUUCAAUUGUUACAAACUCAAAUCACAAAUAAUAGUAUUACAAGAAUCAAGUUGUUAACUGAAAUCUCAAUCUUACAAGAAAAAAAUAAAUAUGUAGUGCUUGAAGAACGUUUAAAAGAAUUUGAAGAAGAAAGUCAACAAGAAAUUGAACAGAUCCAGAAAGAAGAAAAUAGCAAAAAUACAGAUUUGUCUCAAGAAAAAAUGAUAAAAGAAUCAAAAUUUAAUAUUAAUAUUUCUGAUCAAACAGUUAAACCAUCUAAUUAUCUAAGUACUAGUGUUGAAGAAGAAAAAAAGAUUGGAAAAAGAAAUGUUUUAAGUAGGGUUUUACGUUCUUCUAUGAGAGAAGAUAAAUAA